GCGGCUGCUCUGAUAAGACCAGCCUCUCUCUGUGGUUUGACCUAACAAGUUCGGUGUAUUCGAGGAUUUCAGUGUUUACAGAGUGGCGCAGCAUUAUACAAGUAGACGGGAUUGGGUGCUCUUGUCAUUCGUGGAGCUACACAGCGAAGUGCAAACUAUUGUCUAUCAUAACACUGGAGCAAUCCGUCAAUCUGUUCAUCACCGACCGAUCUGUGUCAAAAGAUCAACGUAUCUUUAUCAAAUAACGUGAUCAGCGAGGCGAUAGACAACGACAGGGUCUGUUAGUGCUCGUGGAAAUCAAGUCUUUUCAUUGGCUGAAAGGUCACCGUGUGUUCCGUCUGUGACGUCACAGUCAGCGUAUCUCUCUUUCAUUGACACUUUUUCCACCCACGUAUAUAGUGAUGAGUCUCAAGAAGCCUAAAGACAUAUUCAAAUAUCCUCUACCGAGGACAGAUACAGUAUUAGCCAGCCCGACCACAAAACGGGUUCAGUUUGACGACAGCCUUGGGUUUGACACUGAAGACAUGGGUGUAGUGUACGAGAGAAGCAACUCCACACCUUCUAAACCAGGCAAUGUCCCCUUUUUCAGACAGCGGAGUCGUCGUCGAAGUAUUAGAGACACUGCAACAUCGCCGACGACACCCGACGACUACGUGCCGUUCAUUCCACCAGAAUCACCAUUCCCUUCAAAGACAAAAAAAAUGGACAGUUUUGACCCCUACCAAGUCUUUCAGGUGAACCAUUUACCAUGCAUGAUUCUCACUGUCAAGGUUAUCCGGGGCAAGAACAUCACCAAGGGAUGGGAGGACUAUCUCGACACGCCCGACCCGUACAUCUCCUUAAGGAUGCGGAAUGCCCCCGAGGGCCGCAAGAGAACUCUAACAGUGGACAACAACCCAAAUCCCGUUUGGAACGAGACUUUCACAUUCCUUUUGGAUAUCAGGGAAAAGAACAGAUUACAGAUCAGCUUAAUGGAGGCCAACCUCAUGUAUGACCAGGAACUUGGAACUAUCUACUACGACUUGUACAAAAUGACAGAAGGACAAUGGACGAGAGAAAAGUUUAUUUUCAACGAAGUAUCAGAAGUGUACGUCGACUUGCUUCUGUGCUGGGACAAGAAUCCAACCUUGCGGUACAGCCUAUGUCUGUGUGACCAGGAGAAACAGUUCCUGGAGAGGAGGCGAGAAAAGGCAUUUGAGGGUAUGAGGAAACUUCUUGGGGAAAGGUCACCUGAAAAGUUCAGUGAGGUCCCCAACAUAGCUGUGUUGGGAUCCGGUGGAGGAUUUCGGGCCAUGGUUGCCUUCAGUGGUGUGUUCAAGGCACUGAGUGAUAGCGGAGUACUAGACACUGUGACAUAUGCUUGUGGACUCUCUGGAUCAUCCUGGUAUCUGUCCAAUCUAUAUUCCUACCCUCGCUGGCCGGAUAUGGACCUGGGGGAGGUGCAGGAGGAGUUAAAGCACAACAUUGACCGGAGCAUCAUGUGGCUCCUGCAGCCAAAGAGUGUCUACAGGUACCUCCAGACAAUUCUCAAGAAACGCCGUGAGGGACAGCCUGUCAGCUUCACAGACUUCUUCGGGCAUAUGGUUGGGGAGACGCUCCUCAAAGGGAGGUUAGGCGGUAAACUGACUGACCAACGAGAGAAAAUCAACGAUGGGGAUGUACCAAUGCCGAUGUAUACCUGCGUGCAUGUUAAGAAAGACGUGCCAGCAAGAUCAUUCCAAGAGUGGGUAGAAUUUACACCUUAUGAAAUUGGUCUGCCAAAGUAUGGAACAUUCCUGGACUCGGAGUUGUUUGGCAGCAAGUUCUUCAUGGGUAAACUGUGUAGGAAGUACGAAGAACCUCCCCUGCAUUUCCUCCAAGGCAUCUGGGGCAGCGCUUUCUGCAUCUUGUUCAAGAGAUUGUUGGAUGACAACAGAAGGGUGGACCCAGCCGAGAUGAUCAGACAGGAACUAGGCAAAGAACUCGAAAAGAACCAACUUGCUGUUGAGGAGGACAGUAGUGACUGCAGUGAUGAAGAAGAUGAAGUAGACGACGAAAUUCCCAACUCAGGCGAGAGUAGUGACGACUCCAACGACACCACUGCUACUCCCACUCCUAAAAAGCAGGUCAAAGUCACAUUUGCGCCUGAUGUCGAGGAAAUCCCUGAACCCAAAACAAAAAGGCCAGAACUGAAGCGAGCAGAGUCACAGCAUAAAACCCGACAGUGGAGUUACUGGCAUAACAUGCUUAAAGGAAUGGUUGAAAACAAAAACUUCGAGCUGCUGAGCACACGAACCGGACGCGCAGCUGUCAUCCACAACUUCAUGCGAGGCUUGUCUCUGCAGGAACAGCAUUUGUCUCCCUUUACACCUGUCAGCGAACGUGUCAAGGAAGGAGAUGAGUUUGAUGGCAUCUUCGACAUGCACCCAACAACUGUGAAGCACAUCUACAUGGUGGAUGCCGGCCUCACAUUUAACUCCCCCUAUCCACUGGUGCUCAGACCUCAGAGGAACAUCGACAUCAUACUCUCAUUUGACUUCAGUGCCAGGCCCAGUGAUAGCACUCCCCCUUUUAAGGAACUUCUACUGGCGGAGACGUGGGCCAAAUUGAACCGCCUACCAUUUCCUCCAAUUGACCCUACAGUGUUUGACAGAGAGGGGCUGAAGGAGCUGUACAUAUUCAAGCAUCCCACAGAUCCUCAUUGUCCGGUGGUCAUGCACUUCUGCCUCGUUAAUAUCAACUUCAGGAAGUUCUCCAAACCAGGAGUAGAAAGAACCACCAAAGAGGACCUGGAGUUCGCUGAUUUCGACCUGUUUGACGACCCAGCCACUCCCUACUCCACCUUCAACUUCUGCUAUACCCACCAACAGUUCGAACGCUUGUCGAAAUUGACGGAGUUCAAUACUCAGCUCCAUGUCGAGGACAUAAAGAAUGUGAUAGCAGAUAAGAUUGAGGCCAAGAGGACACGUCCUCCAAGGCUUCCUUUCCAGUCUAAGGACAUGAAGCUGUUGAGAAUCAAAAGUAUUCAGGAAAGGAGAAGAUUGAAGAAGUACCUGUCAAGGGUAGAGAGCAUCCACCAGUCCAAAUCCCCAACUAUCGAACCCUCAACCCCUUUCUUCAUAGCGCCCGAGGGUUUGGAAGACCUUCCGGAGAGUCCCGACCCAAUGCACAACGAUGGGGCUAAGAGGAGAAGGGUGAAGCUCACGAGACAAGACACCGUUGGAUCCUUAAACAGUAUCACCGAGUCUAUUUCCCUGGAGUCACCAAAAGCGUGUUCUGGUGGACAGUUUGAUGUGUUUCAAAAUGGACUUAAUGAUGAAGAACUUGACACUGACUCGGAUGAUUACGAGGACAUUUGGUAUGAUGCCCAGACAUACCAUUUCGAUCCCAAAAUGAACACUGUCACAUCUUGUGCAACGUGAAAGGUUAUUCAGUCAACAAAGGUCUUGAGUUCUUGAGUUUGGUGCUAACCGAAUUCUCUCACUUCCCAUAGUGGGUAGAUGCCAGUUCAGGCGUGGCAAAAACAGGUGUUUGGAAUAUCAGAUGUUGCAGGUGCCUUACCAGUGAUAAAUAGUGUGGCAUCGGCCCGGCCAACCUCUGAUAUCUCAUGGUAGAGGAUAGCAUCUCAGAAUAAUUGGUGACUUUGCUUGAUAAUUUGCUUAACUUAAUUAGUAUGGUGAUAUUUGUGUGUUAUGAAGGUACUCUGCUCAACUUAUUUAUUACAAGGCUUGGAAAAGCCAGACUGUGAAACAGGAUAUUUGUGGGACCACUACUUGACUUUAAUGCGCCCAUUCUGUGAUGUGCAAUAGUCUGAUUUGGAGUAACCAUAUCGGCAUUUUUUACUAAUAUUUGUACAGCUUUAUUUUUCGUUUUAUUUGUUAUAAAAGAGUAAAACAUGCCAAGUGAAAUAAAUCGAAGCUAAAAAUA